GGCGUGACGUAACCCGUGCUCCCGAUCUUUCUCAGCCACUCCAGGCACUAACGCGUCGGCUGAUAUAACCGGCGGAUGAAAGCGAUCUGCAGCAGAACUUACCGUGUUGGAGGACUGGAGGGGUCUAUUGUAGCGAUACAAGCGAACAUGCCUGUUACUUUUUUCGUCGAGCCCAGUCGGCUGCCGUCGUGGAGCCCCUGGAGCGAGUGGCUCGAGUCUGGAGCCCGCCGGGAGCCGCGCUGUCUAUGGCUGCGGCGGCCCGCUCUGAAGAGGGGUCCCGAGCUGCCGCUGCAGCUGCAGGGACCGGGCGGUAAGCGGGUGUGCUGCCGGCCCGCCGCAGAGUCUGACGGCUACCGGCAGGUGGUCGACGUGGCCGGCUACCGUCCGGACGAGGUGCGCGUCCGGCUGUCGGCCGACGGCCAGGUCACCGUGUCCGCCUGCCACCGCGAGCGCUCCGACACCGGCUUCAGCCACAGCAGGAUGGUGCGCCGGCUGAGCCUGCCGCAGCACGUGCGGGCCGACCAGCUCAGCUCGCGCUGGACGCCGGCCGGCCAGCUGGUGAUGGAGGCGCCGGCCGCCGAGCCCAGCGAGAGGUGCGGUCGGUGCCCUCGUGACCAGCGGAAGGUCAUCGUGGUGCCCGUCACCUACGAUACUCCGGCCUUCAAAGAAGGGGAGGAAAAGACCGCUGAGGAGGGUGAGGAGACUGAGGAGAGCCGUACUGAGAAGACCUGCACCGACCAGGAGGAGGUCCAAGGGGAGCAGGCGCACGAAGGGGAAGCUGAACAGUCUGACGGACCGGACGUGGCUGUAGAUGUUGAAGCGGCUGCUGAAGAUAAAGAGAAUCCGGAGAUGAGCUCAGAGAGCGCGGAGAACCCCACAGAGAAGUCUCAGGACGAUGUCUUCGAGCCAGCUGAGGCUGCGCCUGUCGAGCCCGCUCCCUCCGUUGCUGCUGCCGAUGAGCCAGCCGAGGUCGUUGACCUGGAGGCCGAGGCGGCCGCCCGGCAGGAGGACGUGCCGGUGGCGGUGCGGUCCGGGUCGCCGGCCUCCGAGUGCGGCCAGAGUAGCGUGCUGGCCUCGGUGGAUGUGAGCAGCUUCCUUCCGGAGGAGGUGGAGGUGCGCGUCAGCGGCCGCCACCUGGUCAUCGAGGCCGUGCACGAGGAGACGGCCGGGGACGGCGGCAGCUGCCAGCUGCGGCUGGCGCGCCGGCUGCCGCUGCCGACACACGUCGACCCGGACCUGGUUACGUGCCGGCUGACCCGGGCCGGUCAGCUGCUGCUCGAGGCGCCCGUCACCCCGGCGCCCGGCGCGUGAUGCCAAGCGAAUCUUUGGUGACGAAAGGUGUUAGUUCUGAAUGAAUUUUGCGUGAUAUUUAUCAGCGGUGUUCGUGUGUGCUAUUGCUCAUUGUGUGCACGGUGGUAUCUGAAAAAGCUGUGUGGUGUUAGACUGCACAAUGGAUGAGAUAACACCAUGGAUGGAUGGACCAUGGUGAGGGUAUUAUUUCAUCCAUGACUGCACAUUCCAAGACCGCCAAGACGUAACAUGUGGCUGUAAACUGAACGAUGUCCAGUGAACAUUCCAUUACAUAUUUCACACGGGCAUUGUAACAUUAACGGGUGUGUCUUACAGCUGCACUCUGGUAUAUUCCGCGAAUCUUAAAUGCUUUGCUUUGCAUUUAUAAAUUGUAGAGAUGUCACGACUUUCGGGUUAUAUAAAGAAAAAAUACAGGCCU